UUAUUACACAUAUCUUUGAAAAGACAAUUGCUUAGAAUGGGAGUGAUGAAGAAACAUUUUCAAUUAGCUCUACUACUGUUUUGCCUUCUCUGCUUGGAACUUGCUGGCUUUUGCAAUUGUGGUGGUGGUUCCAUUUGCAGAGAAGUAGAAAGGAAGGCACUUGUUGAUUUCAAAAAUGGCCUUAAAGAUCCCAAUGGACGUCUCUCUUCUUGGAUUGGCUUGGACUGUUGCUCUUGGACCGGCGUGCAUUGCCACAACUACACUGGCCAUGUUAUAAGGCUUGAUCUCCGCAGGUAUGGUGGCAAUGGGUCUUUGGAAGGUGAGAUCCGGCCUUCUUUGCUUGUUUUGAAUCACUUAAGAUAUUUGGAUCUUAGUGAGAACUAUUUUAAAUAUACUAGAAUUCCAACUUUUCUGGGUUCACUGGUGAGUCUUCAAUAUCUUGACCUUUCUUCUGCUGGCUUCAUUGGGCGUGUCCCACACCAACUUGGUAAUCUGUCUCGCUUGCAGUACCUUGAUCUUUCAUAUAAUUCUGUUGAUAUGGUUGGAAGCCAUUGGCUCACAAAUCUUUCUUCUCUUCAAUGUUUGAAUUUGAAUGGUGUGAAUCUUUCCGAGGCAAAAAAUGUGCUCAAAUCACUAAACACCCUUCCUUUGAUAUCUGAGAUAAACUUAUAUGAUUGUGAGCUUCACAUCCCUCUUUCACUUGGUGUUGAAAUUAACUUUACAAAUCUUCGAUUCCUUGAUCUUUCCUACAAUGGCAUUAACUCUACCAUGCCUCAAUGGUUGUUCAAAUCGAGUGGCCUUGAGUAUCUUAAUCUUCAAGGUAAUAAUAUUCAAGACCUUAUCCCUUCUAAUAUUGGGAAACUUACUUCUCUUAGGGUCCUUGAUCUCUCAUAUAAUGGUGUCCUAAGUGUUGAACUACCAACUACUUUGGGGAAACUCUGUAACUUGACCAAACUAUAUCUCUCGGAAAAUAAAUAUUUCUCUGGUGAUCUUAAUAGAUUGGGAGAAAUAUUUUCCGGGUGCUUGAAAAACAGUUUAGAGGAGUUAUAUUGGAGUAAUGCAUCACUCAGUGGGCCAUUGCCAAGUUGGUUGUGGAACCUUAAGUCUCUUAAGGCUCUUGAUCUUUCUUCUAAUAAUUUUAAUGGAACUAUUCCAAAAUAUUUGGGACAAUUAUUACCGGAGCUGGACACGUUGGUCCUAUCUUAUAAUAAUAUAGCAGUGAGAGCCGAUUGGGUUCCUCCACCUAAACUAAAAUAUUUGAAUAUGAACUAUUGCAAAGUGGGCCCAAAGUUUCCAUCAUGGCUUCAGAAUUUGAAAAUUUUGUCUUCACUUGAAAUGUCAAAUGCAAGUAUUGUUGAUGCGCUACCACUAUGGUUUUGGAACUUCUCUUUGGACAUUGGACGCAUAGAUUUAUCACACAAUGAAAUUAAAGGCAAAAUACCAGCAGGUUCAUCAAAAUUAACCAAUCUUGAAAUUUUGGAUUUAAGUCAUAAUUAUUUGGAAGGACAGUUGCCACAUUUUUCAUCAAAUCUAGCAUAUUCGGAUCAGGCGCAGGGCUUAUUCUCAAGAUCUAGUUUCUCCAAUACAAGCUUUAUACUGCUAAGUUUGUCUGAGUUGUAUAUUUCUUCAAACAAAAUAACAGGAAGUAUACCUAGCUCAUUAUGUGAACUAAAUUAUUUGCAAGUCCUUGACCUCUCGAAGAAUAUGAUUGAAGGAGUAGUUCCUGAUUGCUGGAAUCAUUCUUUGAUAAUAAUGGAUUUGUCUUAUAACAAUCUACAUGGAAUAAUUCCCGCAUCUAUCUUCUCCACAAUUUUGUUAGUUUUGCAUUUGAGCAAUAAUGAUUUUUUUGGAGAGCUCCCAUCAUCCUUUAAAAAUUGUACAUCAUUGAAAACUUUAGAUCUUGGAAAUAAUAAAAUUAGUGGAAGUAUACCAGUAUGGUUUGGAGAAAAUUUGCAGGCACUAGAGACACUUGAGCUUCGAUACAAUAUGCUUACUGGAACUAUUCCUCCACAAUUGGGAAACCUCACAUAUCUUCAUGUCAUUGAUGUUUCAAAUAACCAUCUAUCAGGUGCCAUACCAUAUAGUUUUGGCAACUUUAGUGCGAUGAAAACUGAUAAUCUUGGAUUCAUUUGGUCAAGCAUAAAUGGUUAUGUGAACAAUAUUGAGAUAAAUAUGAAAGGAAGAGAAUUUCAGUUGGAAGGGAGAAUACCAUCAUUAUUUAUUUGCAUUGACCUCUCAAAUAAUAUGUUGUCAGGGAAGAUACCUGAAGAACUAGCGCACCUUUUAUUUCUGCAGAGCUUGAAUUUAUCUAGAAAUCAAUUAUCAGGACAACUUUCAGAAAAAAUUGGAGAGCUCAGGUGGUUGGAAGUUCUUGAUUUAUCAGUGAAUAAUCUUUCAGGUGUUAUUCCUCCAACAAUGACCAACUUAACAUCAUUGAAUCAUCUGAAUUUAUCGUACAACAAUUUCUAUGGGGAAAUUCCAUAUGGUGGUCAAUUUCAAGUACUUCUAGAUCCAUCUAUUUACAUUGGCAACCGAGGCCUAUGUGGUGUUCCAUUAAAUACAAAGUGUGAGAUUGAAGCAACAUUGCAACCACCCGGGUUGCCAAACAAUGAAGAUGACAACAACUUGGAGGCCAUAUGGUUUUAUUUGAGCAUGUCUCUGGGAUUCAUAUUUGGGUUUUGGGCAAUUUCUGGUGCAUUGAUAAUGAAAAAGAGCUGGAGGUAUGCUUAUUUUCGAUUUGUUGAUCAUAUUUAUGACAAGAUCUAUGUUCUUGUUGCUGUAAAUCUAAAAAAAAAAAUGAAGAGAAAAUGUGGCCUUGCCAGUGAAUAGUGUUACCUUGUCUUCUUGGAGGCCAAAAUAAAAGAUUACAAUCCAUUUAAGUAUUACAAGAGCUAGUUGGUGAUAGGAGGUUGUCUGGAGUUUAACAUUUUACUGCUUACUUGUAUUAAUUAUAUGCAUAAACUGUAUGCCAUGAGAAAUCUUUUGAGAAUAUAAUUUUAAUUUUUUAUGAAAUGUUAUGCAGUGUAUACAUGUACUCUCUUAUGUUAAUGAUAGUUUUAAUAGAGUAUAUUAUAUAUAAGUCGAACAUAUCAAUGUGCUUGAUCUUCUAGUGUUAGUGAAAGUUUUUAGUGAGUAUAUACUUGACAAAGCUUCUGCAGAAGUAAUCCUGGUUCCUCAAUUCUUCAACUAGUUUCUAUGCUUUCCGCAAGUUCACCUUAAUUUUUCUUGACUACCUCAUCAAGAAUACUUGAGAUGUGUCCCAUGUGGUUCUAUGAAUUACCUUUUCUAAGAGAAUGGCAAUUUGAGCGAGUUGGCAAUUUCCUGCAAUAAAUAUGAUCUGCAUGCCAACAAUAUAAUACAGUACAAAGUGGCAUACAACCAUAUAUCAACCGUGAUUUUACAUGGGAGAUAAAUCUAUAUAUCUAUUGUUCUGGCUCUUAAUUAAUAUGCUUCAAAGCAUGCACACAAUCCCAUAUAUUUACAUGGAUGUGGCAAUUACAAAAAGGAUCCUUCGUUUGAAUGCUGAGGAUCAUGAACCUAAACACAAAUCUUGCCUCCAUUGUUGUUGUGGCAUUUUCAUAAGUACUACUCUGCGGAGUGAAGCACUAAGUGUUCAAGGGAUAUAAGAGGGUGAAUGGGAUUGAUUUUGAGGAGAUGAGGAUGGAUCUCUCCAAAGGCCAUCAUAGAAAUCCCCAAUUCUAAG